UUGAAAAUUAAUUUUAUAACCACCAUAAAGAUUUUUUACACUUUCCGGACAAGGGUUUCAGGUGAGCCUUUGUUUUAUUUUCAUAAAGCCUGUGUCUUACAAAAACUUCAUCCUUAAUGAAAUAAGGUAACGUUGUCGAACCAAAAAAAAAAAAAAGUUUGUGGUGUACUCUGCCAUUUAAGAAAACAACUGGGUUCUCAAUGGUCAUUAAACCUGUAAACUUCCAUGCUCAUGGCAACCGUAUAGAUUCAAAAAAUCUGAAAGGCUCUUCAAAUGAGAGGUCCCAUUGAUGAGAUCUCAUCAAAUCAGUUUCUUUGUUUCACCUUUAUCUCUCCUCCUGAAACACACAGAAAGGAGCCAUUCUUUUCAAACUCCACUCUCCCACUACAAAUUGAUAAGAUUUUCUUCAUUUUCUCCUCACAAGAGCCUGAUCCAUGUUCCAAAAACGACUCAGAAAAAAUGGGGUUUGCCAGUUUACAAAGAGGCUAGAGUUUCAGAUAUUUUGGAGAUUCUAGAACCUGUGAAAAGCAUGUUUCUCUCUCCUGAUUUUCACUUUCUUUCAGAUCUUUUGCCUUGUUAUGUUACUUCUUUGAAGAAAUGCAUAGAGGUAGAGGACUGUGUAAAGGGUAGAAGCAUUCAUACUCAUGUGUUUAAGAUGGGUUUUCAAGCUGAAAUAGUACUAUCAAAUGUGCUUUUGGAUAUGUAUGGUAAAGCUGGUUUGAUGACAGAGAUGCAUCAGUUAUUUGAUGAAAUGCCCACACAAGACUUGAUUUCAUGGUCCACUGUAAUUUCUAGGUGUACCCAUAAUGGUUUUAGCAUAGGUGCUCUGGAGCUCUUUGAGAAAAUGUAUAAUAGUGGGUUGAAGCCCAACCAGUUUGUUUUUGCAUCAAUGGUAAAAGCGUGCGCGGACCAUGGCGUAUUGGAUAUUGGGUGUAAAAUUCAUGGCCAAAUAAUAAAAACUGGCUUUUGUUGUGAUGGGUUUCUAGAGAUAGGCCUACUUGACAUGUAUGCUAAAUGUGGUUCUGUAAAAGAUUCACUUUUGAUCUUCAAUUUGAUGUCUAAGAAGGAUUGCUUGGUUUCUUGGAAUUCCAUUAUUUCUGGUUUGGUUCAUAAUGGAUUUGUCGAUGAAGCUUUCUCUCUCUAUAAGGAGAUGAAUUACAGGGGUUUGCUUCCCGACAUUGUGACAAUGAGAAUUGUUUUAAGUGCAGGAGUCAUAUUAGGAUUGAAGAGUUUUUGUGAAACUCUGCAAGGUUAUAUUAUCAAAACUGGGUUGGAUUCUGAUGAUGUUCUGGUUAUAGAGCUUCUGAAAUUGCAGGCUAAGCUUGGGGAGGUAGCAAACAUGCGCAAGCUUUUCGAGACAAUGAAAAACCCAGAUUUGAAUACAUUUUCGGUGCUUGUAUCAGGAUAUCUGCAUAAUGGAUAUCAAGAAGAAGCUGUGAAAGUGACUAGAAAAAUGCGAAUUUUCGGGUCAAAACCAAACCAAGGAGCUCUGAUUAGUCUCCUUGGCCUGUGUCUUAGCUUGGAAGAGGGUGCCCAAAUCCAUGCUUAUGUAUCAAAAACCAGAUGGAAAUCCGAUGUUUCCAUUGCCAAUGCACUAAUCACCAUGUAUGCCAAAUGUGGAAGCGUGAGCUCUGCUAAUAGGAUUUUUUUUCAAAUGGGUGAUAAAGAUUUGGUUUCAUGGACAGCCAUUGUAUCAGGUCACCUUAGAAACAAGCAGUUUAAAGAGGCUUUCAAACUCCUCAGCUAUUUUGGGGAAACAGGGAUCAAUUUAGACCAGCAUUUUAUUGCCACUAUUAUUGGAGCCUGCACGACUUUACAAGCUAUAAAGCAAGGGGAGCAAAUUCACACUCUUGCGCUAAAACUAGGAUUUGGGUUCAAUAUCUUUGUGACGAAUUCUCUACUUAACAUGUACAUAAAUUUUGGGCAUAUCAAAAGAGCCCAAAAACUCUUCUUCCUCAUGCCCUUUCAUGAUGUGGUUUCACUAAAUGUCAUGAUCUCAGGGUAUUGCAGGAAUUCCUGGCGCAAGGAAGCCUUGGACCUCUUAUCCUUGGAGUAUCGGAGAGGCUUAAUUCCCGAUCAGUUUACUUUUGCCACCAUACUUGGUGCCUGCACAAAUUUGAAGUCUAGAACAUGGGGUGAAUUGAUCCAUUCUUGCAUCAUAAAAACAGGGUUUGGGAUCGAUAUUAUACUAGGGAAUUCCAUUAUCAACUUUUAUAUUAAAUGUGGUGACAUAAAAUGUGCUUGGAGAAACUUCAAAGCCAUGCAAAGGAGGGAUUCAGCUUCUUGGGAGAUGAUUAUAUCUGGAUAUGCGAGAAAUGGAAAUGGUAAUGAAGCCUUGAGAUUGUUCAGAGAGAUGCACCGCUAUGGCAUGCGAGCCAAUCGACUGGCCUUAAUCUCUGUACUUAAGGGAUGCGCAAGCUUAGCCACUGCCUUGAAACAAGGCUCAUGCAUCCAUGCACGGGCUGUGCAUUUAGGGCUCGAGCUAGAUGCUUCAGUGGGGGAUGCCCUCAUUGACAUGUAUGCAAAGUGUGGGAGCAUAAUAGACGCAAUGGCUAUGUUUAAGAAGAUACCUGUAAGGAGCAUGGUGUCUUGGAACACUAUAAUUACUGGCUAUGCCCAACAUGGUUAUGCUAAGGAGGCAUUGGAUUUGUUUGAAGAGAUGAAGAAAGAAGGAAUAAAACCUGAUCAUAUUACUUAUGUAGCUGUUUUAUCAGCAUGUAGUCACGUGGGUAUGGUAGAAAGAGGGAGAUUUUACUUCCAUUCAAUGAGUAAAGACCAUGGGUUGAUUCCAAUGGAAGAGCAUUAUACAUGCAUGGUUGACAUUCUUAGUCGAGCAGGAAGGCUCGAGGAGGCCCAUGGCUUCCUUAAUGAUAUGCCAAUGGAGCCAAGUGGUUUGAUGUGGAGGACUCUUUUAGCAGCUUGUGGAACCCAUGGGAACACAGAGUUGGGUAUUAAAGCAGCUAGAAUGGUUGUCAAUGGGGACGAUUCUGCAAUGAAUAUAUUGGUGUCUAACAUAUAUGCCAUUGCAGGAAGGUGGGUUGAAGUAGAAACACUAAGGAGUGGAAUGAGGGGGAGGGGGAUAAUGAAAAGGGAGCCUGGUUAUAGUCGGAUAGAGGUAAAGGAUGGAGUGAAGGCAUUUCUUGUAGAGAACACUGUGAGCCCAAUUGAGCAAGAUUUGCUGCAAAAGAAACUUUAGCUUUCUUGAAUAUUUAGAAUAAUCUCUUAUCUUGUUGGUGCUCCCACUCUCCCACCCAAGAAUUGACAAGUUAUUCAGAGACACCCCAAAAAGCCAAAACCUAGACUAUUGGAGAAGCUGCCAUUGUCCAGUGCUUUCACUUCAUGGGUAAUUUUGGUGAAUUACUUCUUAAUUCAUUUCCAUUGUCCAGACUUGUACUUAUUGGAACUCCCUACUAUCGCUCCCUCUGAAAAACAUUGGGUCUUCUUGGUGCUACCCUUGCACUAAUAUUGCAAUAGGGAUAAUAAUUGUCCUCUAAAGCUAGCUUGGGUAGCUACGAUUUCAGCCUUUAGGACAAGAGCAUUUAUCAUGCUGUAAGUGCAUACCAAUCAAUCCUUAGAACAUUUGAGAGGACAAAUUGUUCAAAACCCGGAAGGGAUGUCCCAUUCUGUUUCCUUGAAUAACAGGAGGUGAAUCAACUAAAUACUGCCAUGUCGGCUUGAGAUUUUUUCUCUGAUGGUAUAUUGAGAAGUUCAGGCAGUGCCAACUGCAUGCUCCAUCACCCGACUCCGCCGCGGUACCCUUCCACAGGCACCCCGUGCCAGCUAGGAGAGGUGCUAGUACCCCCCGUGGCAGGGGCUGCACGGCUACUGACACACGGUCGACCCCUCCUCACUUGCAUUCUUCAGUUGAGUGCUGCACAUUGGACAAGGGUGUCUGUGGCCAGUGGUACUUGUAUGUCUAUAUGUACACCUCUCGGACAUGAUAAUGCUUAAGCUUUUGUUUCAUGUGCCUAGAAGAAUGAGAGAACAAUUAGCGUUGCUGUAGAGCACUUGCUGCAGUAUUUUGCA